AUGGGAAAAAAUUGUGUAUAGAACUGUUCAUACGGAUUAAACAAAACAGCUUUAUAUGACAAAACAUUCGCCUGUUAAAAAUGUUCCAAAACAAAUAAAUGCGCAGAAAUAGAUUCAUAUGCCGAAGGCAUGUCCGUAAUCGGUUAGUUUGUCGAAGUUGAAAAUUUAAGGUUUCCCAAAUACCCUUAUUUAAAACUAAAAAACUAAAAAAUCCUUUGGGCUCAUGCCCUUUCUGGUUAGCAAUUUUUAAUGGCAGAUGGGGUUUUAGGAUUAGGUAAAUAAUAUGAUGAAAUGAACGGAGGUUAUGCCGACGAAGAAAAUACUAAAAACAACAUAGACGAAGAAUUCGAGAGUAAAACUGAAGAUGAAAUAGAAGAAGAUAAUGAUAUUUAAGACGAAAAUUAAAAAAAUCCUUCCAAUAUGUAUUUAUAUAAAGAGGAAGGAAUUUCAUUAUUGGAAACAAUUAAACAAUAAAUAGAAGAUGUAGACGCUUAAAUUUUCACUUUAUAUAUAUCUGAUGAUGCUCAUUAUCCCAUGCAUAUAGGAUUCGGCAAUUAUACUACUUAAUAUAUUCAUGAGCCGGAAUAAAACUAAAUUAAAUGGAUUUAUUCACCUUAACAUACCGCUAUGGAAUCCUAGUAUAGCCUUUGGAUUAUAAACAUUUAAUAUAUAAGAAUAGUGAAAAAAAAUAUAUAAUAAUAAGAUGAAAAAAAAGAAAAAGAAGAAGAGCUUUAUGAAGUUUUGGAGCCAUUAGAUAUGUGUGACGAGGUCUAAUCUUUGAGUGAUUUCGACGAUUUAGCAAUGGUCAUAUCUUAUGAUGAUAAAAUAAUAUUAGGAGAGGCUACUUUAAGAAAUUAAUAUUUAGUUUUCGAAAUGAACACUAAAAUGAUAGGAUUUGCCCCUGCUAAAAAUAAAUUUAAUGAUAUGAGUUUUAUUUAAGAAUUAGAGUAUUUAUUUGAAAUAGUAGAAUAAGGAUUUGCAGCUGAUUUCCCUUAUAUAUUAGGUUUAUUAUGUUUUAGUAUUACCGGAGUAGUUAUAUUUUUAGUUAUUAGGUUCAAGAAAUAUUUUAAAAUUAGAAAAUUAAUUAUUGCUGAGGAAAAGAAUGAUGUUAAACCUUUAUUUAAAUAAAAUGAACAUUAAAUGAGUGAAGAAAUGUAUAAAUAAUUGUAAAUGUAAGAAUCGAAAGAUGAUAAAGAUACAAGUUUAUAGCCUACUUAAAUUGGGGAAUAUUGA